UUCAAGUUUCUUUUGUACAUUAGCAGAACAUUCCAGUCAACCUUCACGUAAACCCAUUCAGCGCAUUCAGAAAGAUACAGACAGCCUCUGCGAGCUUUUGCAUAGUCAGAUACUACCCAAAGACAAUGGAAGGAAAUGGGAACCUCCCAGUAAAUAGCCAACAUAUCCAGAAGUCUCCCUAAACGCCAAUGUGGAGCUUUAGAGCAACUUGUUAAGCAUUACUUUGGUGCUCAGAUCUGCUGGAAUAAAGUUGGUCACCAGGGACGAGGAAAAGGUGGAUCUAAAGUGAUGGCUGAAGAAAUACAACUCCGAGAGAAGAAACUGAAAAGUUUGCCUCGGUCUGAUGGGUGUGGUCUCUAUAACUUUGACGCUUUAGAUUUUUCUGGAGGGUUGAGGAUUGUACUGGUGGGUAAGACUGGAUCAGGGAAGAGUGCCUCAGGAAACACGAUUCUCGGGAGAGCUGCCUUCAAAGAAGAUCCGAGCCCAGUGUCUGUAACCAAACACUGUGAGACACAAAGCGGAGAGGUGGAUGGGAUUCCAGUCCAAGUAAUCGACACCCCAGGGCUUUUUGAUACAGGCAUCACAGAGGAGGAACUAAAAUCUAGGAUAGAGGAAUGUGUCAAGAUGUCAGUUCCUGGACCUCAUGCUUUCCUUCUGGUGAUCAGGCUUGGAGUCAGGUUCACAGAGGAGGAGAGGAAUGCUGUGAAGUGGAUCCAGGAAAACUUUGGAGAUGAUGCCUCCAUGUACACUAUCAUGCUGUUUACAUGCAAGGAUCAAGGUAAAGCGGACAACGCUCUGAAGGAGUGCAAGGAGCUCCGGAGACUUUCAAUCACAUUUGGGCGCAGGUACCACGCCUUUAACAACAACGACGCAGAUGACCGGGUGCAGGUCACAGAGCUCAUCAACAUGAUCAAGGAAAUGGUACAAGACAACGGAGGGAAACACUACACAAACGAGAUGUAUGAGAAAGCCCAAAAAAAGCUAAAAGAGGAGGAGGAACGCCAGAGACAGGAAGAGGAGGAGAAGAAGAAAGAAGAGAGGAAGGUCUGGGAUGAGGAGAGGGAGAAGCAGCAAAAAGAACAUGCGAAGAAGAAACAACUUCGGAAGAAGAACAUCCGUGUGGCCUCAGCUGCUGCUGUUGUUUUGGUGUUAGCUGGGGUUGUUAUUGCAGUGGGAGCAAAUACCACUGUGGCUCUGGCUUUAGGAGCUCCUACACUCAUUGUGGGGGUUUUAUGUGGCUUAACUGCCAUUUGGAUAUGGAAAGGAAUAAAAUGUAAAGCUAGAAAAAACAGUCCGGUGUAAGAAACACAAUUUCAAGGUCGUGUCUGUCAACAGUAAUAUUAUAAAUAAAGGUCGGACAAUAUUUUCAGCAAAAUUAGCUAAUAUUGAUGAAUAAUUCAAAUCUUCUCUGGUAUUCAGAUGGUGUUUCUCAGUGGACUAGGGUAAAGCUUGAUUGAAAAAAUUCAUUUAAAUUAGAAAUAUUAAAAUAUCAGGCAAUGCAAACCUGUUGUUGAAUUUAACUGUUAAAUUCACUUUACAUGCUUGAAUGAACCUUGUCACCUACAACCCUUAAAUUACCCGCAACUGGAUCAAUUUUGACCUUAUCUGCAAGUCUUGGCAACACGGAUGUACUGAAAUUAUCCGUAUUACUGACAUACUAUAUACCAUACACAAUUCUGCUCUUAUAAAAUGUGAAAAUCAAUUAUGUUCUGUCCUUUGAAGCAGUUUGGCUUCUAAAGUUACAACGUUUUGGAAUAAAGCAGAUACAACAGAA